AUGAGCGAUUCUUCCGACGCGACCUCGUGGACGCAAGCGGCGAAACUCACCGCCGACGACGGAGCAUACUAUGAUGUUUUCGGUAGAACCGUUGCUAUUAGCGACGGUACCAUCGUCGUCGGAGCAUAUGAUGACGACGAUAAAGGGUCAAGUUCUGGUUCCGCGUACGUAUUUGACGUGAAAACUGAACCAUCUCCUCCUCCUCCGAGUCCGAGUCCGCCACCGUCUCCUCCUCCUCCUCCUCCGAGUCCGCCACCGUCUCCUCCUCCUUACGAAGAGUAUCCCAUCAAACUCUUGAAGACAAUCUACGCGAACGGUACGAUCACCGAGGAAGUCGUCGAAUCUUCCGCGGCGGCGCGUCUCGGCGCCGCGUUGAUGCCGUCUUCCUCAUCCGACGCGUUCGUCGCCGCCGUCGCGUGUGUCGCCCUUCUCGCAGUCGUCGCGACCAGGAGAGCGAGAAAAACGAGUUUUGUCAACGGCGAAGAAGCCGACGGUCUGUUGAAUGCAAACACAUACGGCGCAAUUUAUAACGCCUAA